AUGGCUACACCAAGCCCUGAACAUCAGCCCUCAUUGACUGCACCAAGCCCCGGGCUUCUUCAAUUACCUCCUGAGAUUUUAUUGAUGGUCACAUCAUUUUUACCAAAUCAAGAUCUCAAAUCCUUGCGUCUAGCAAGCAAAUUACUAGGCGAGACCACGCCACUGCCAUUCUCGCGCGUGUUUCUUUCAGCCAAUUUGCUGGAUGUAAAGGUUUUCCGCUCGAUAGCAAACCAUCCAGAAUUCCGGAAGCAGGUCACCGAAAUUAUCUGGGAUGACGCGCGUUUUGUUGCGGCCCCAGCAUCCUGGGAGGAUUAUACCCCGUUCAUCAAUCGCAAUGACUUAAAAAUGGACGUCGAAGAAGGAUGUCCUGCGUGGUUCUUGCGGGAUUGCAAAGAAAACAUCCGCAGUAUGAACCAGCGGAAAUCCAACGAUGUGGAUAGGCCUGAUCAUAUGGCUCGCCAGCAGCAAGCGGAUGCACAGAUGCCUCUAAAAGACUGCUGGAAGUACUAUUCGCAAGUGCUUAAUGACCAGCAAUCUGUGAUUGAAUCUCGGGAUGAUGAAAAGGCCUUCAUUUAUGGCUUAGAGCAAUUCCCACAGCUAAGACGGGUGACUAUUACGCCCGCCGCACAUGGCCGCACAUUCUCUCCACUAUAUCGAACACCUACGAUCCGAGCAUUUCCAUAUGGCUUCAACUACCCUAUUCCACGGGGAUGGCAUAUCUGUUCGGCUGAAGGAAUAGCCCUCGAUCCUUUACCGUGGUCAGAGGCAAAAGAAGAGUAUAAGGAGCUCUGGAGAGGGGCCAGAAUUGCCCUCCGCGUUCUUUCAACGAUCGAGGACCAUAAUAUUUCUGAGCUAUGUUUUAAUUCAAAAAGACUCGCUACUGGGAUAAACUUCAUGAUCUUUGCCCAGCCGUGUGAAGAAUACAACCAUUUUGCUGCAAUCAUGAAACGCCCAGGCUUUCGUCACCUUGACCUAUCCAUCCUAGUUGGAAACAGCGGGAUCUAUGACUAUGCAGGUUUAACCAGCGGACACUUCUUCAAAGCUCUUAGCUUGGCGAGAGAACUGACUCACCUCAAUUUGACAUUGGCAUUAGAAGAUGGUCGGAAUGAUCUAGCUCUUCCUUUGAAAGAGAUUCUCCCUAUCCAGCAAUGGCCAAAUCUAUACCAUUUAGGUCUUUUUAAUUUUAGUGUCAACGUGUCAGACGUAAUUGAUCUGCUUGGUUCGGUGUCAUCUUCAAUGCGCUCUGUUGAGCUAGGAUCUUUGAGGUUUCCCAAUAGUGAAGGAUUGUGGUCUGGGCUAUUAGAGCGGAUGCGGGAUGAGCUUGAUUGGAGUAAGCGUGAUCAAUCACUAAGACCGGCCGUGAGAAUCACCAUGGAUAUUGAUCAGAUGCGACCUGGGAGGUUUGCCCUCCUUACAGAUGAAGUUAUGAGGUUUCUCUAUGACUCUGGUGAAAUUCCAACAACCAGAGAUAUACGCAACUACCCGAAGUUGGGAAUGGGCACUUUGCAUGAUAUUUUUGAACCUGAAUACACUCGACCAAACCUGGGUAUGAGAGAGCAUCGGGAAAUGGGAAUUAUAUUGUAA